GCCAUCUGGUAAGUCUGAAGGAGUCUUCAAGUGGGAAGCAGAAGGAGAGAGCAGAGGCCAUCCUCUCAACAGCCUGUACAGAUGUAUCUCUAAAAGCUCUCAGCAUUUCGGAAAGGAAAAAGCCCUCACCCAAGGCAACAUGGCUCAAGAUCUCACAGAAAAAGAACUGCUGAAGAUGGAACUUGACCAGCUGAAAAAGGAAGUGAAGAAUGAAAGGCAAAUGGUCUCCAAGACGGGCAAAGAGCUCAAGGAGUAUAUAGAAUCCAUGGCAGCAGAGGACCCUCUUUUGAAAGGUGUUCCUGAGGAUAAGAACCCUUUUAAGGAGAAGGGAGGCUGUAUAAUUAGUUGACCCCUGCCACUCACAGACAAACUUCGGACCCUUUCCUCCUACAAAACCAUGACUGUACGAAUUUUGCUUACCCUGUAGCAUGAUCUUUCCAUUGGGUGGGGCAGCCCCCCAAAACGAAACCCUUUUGAAGUGCAGCACAUCUAUGGGAGGGAAAAAAAGGAUAUUGGAGACGUACCUAAAUUUAGCAGCAAGAAGGCAGCCUUCUUCUCUAGGCUCUCAAACUAAAUGGAAAUCCGCUGUAAUAUACACACAUUUGUUGAACUUGCUGCACUUCUAUCAAUCAACACUUAAAUCAGGCAUUAAGAAAACCUUGAGCCUAUAAAGCUUAACUUCAGACUUGACCUCCCUAUAGCACAAGGUGGAAGGCAAUUCCACUUGACUUGGGCGACUGUGAGUAAGUCACUUAACCUCUGUGACAGAGGUUCCCCAUCUGUAAAACCGGGAUAAUAAUGCUUGCUCGCCUUUGACAAAGCAUGUAGAGAUCUAAGUUUCAAAGGUGCUAAGUAUUAUUAUAACUAUCAUGCCCAAUGAUUUUAGAGAGCCUGAUAAAUUGACAUAUUUACUCUGUCCACAUACCAGGCUACCAGUUACUUGGAUGUUGCUCAUUUAUUCAUUACAUUAUUUGGGGAGAGACCCCCCCACCCCGUCUGCCCCAGCAACGCACUCAGAUUACAAUGCAAGAACAAAUAUUUAAUACAGACGUAAAAGUCUAGUGAUGGGUAUGCAGGAGAGGAAGAUAAUAAGGAGCCAAUAGCAAUCAUUGACGGGGAAAGGCACCAUGGAGAAAUGUCUUCAGGGAGAUUUUUUAGAAGUGGGGAAUGAGCUAAGUCUCAAUUCCAGACCUUACGAGCCGCAAUUGUGAUGGCUUGGCCAUCUGCCAGCCUGAAAUGUGCAGCAUUUUCCUAUAUGGCACACAAGUCCAAAGAAGGGCACAGAAGGGAGCAAAGCUUGCAAGCAACUUGUUCAGAGCCCUCUUCUCCCUGCCUCUACUUCCCCCCACCAUCGUAUCUGACGCUGGGCAGAUUCCUUUACAGCAGGAAAGAGCACUGAGGAGAUGGAUGUUGGGAGCUGCGCUGGAACUACAGUUGUUUUGACCAUCAUUUUAACUUUGGAAUUCACCUGCGUUCAUGUCGGUAACAGCCAGAGUCCUCUGCUCACCUCUUGGGAGUUUGAAGGCCUGUGGAUUAACAGAACUGAGGGGAAGCAAGAUAAUGACAGGAAGGCUCAGAGCUGUGGAAAUGGGAAAUAACCUAGGGGUGAAAGGCUUCAUCUGCUCAAACCUAGCCUGGGGUGGUAGUGAGAGUUAUUCCUCAGAUUGCAGUUCCAUGGCUUGGGUGAUCUCAGUCCAGUCCCCAGCUGUCAAGUACCCCUAAGCUGCCCCACAUUGCUGACAGGCUCAGCAGAGAGGCCAAGCACUAAAUGAGCUACAGAAUGUGACUGAGCCUCCUAUGACAGAUUUGAGGCAUUAGCAGGGCAGCGUGAGGCGCUCACCUUGCCACUUCCCAUGCUGUUACCUGAAGU